AUGCUCGAGAUCGUCGCCACCGUUACUAGCACGAAGUGCCUCCCCGCCUAUCUAAAGAUAUUCGAGACCGCCGCCGCGGAGGAGCGCGAGGCCUCCGGCACACCAGGAACUCGCAAGUUUAGAGAGACCCUCAAGCGCACCCCGGCUAGGACCGGAGGAUCUAGCACGGUAGACCUCAUAUUCGACGAGCUAUUAGGGAACCCGUUCGCCAGACGCCUAUUCGCCGCCGCCGCGGCCCCGCCCUCCACUCCCUCCAAGCGGGCCAACCCAUUCGCCGAGGACCAGGCCCCGAUGCCGCCCGGACCAUUCCCCAUCGCACCUUUCGUAGUAUGCUACGACAACCCGGGCGAUAUAGACGGCCACACGGGUAUCGUCUACUCCGGGUCGGAAGCGCUGGUCUACGGAGCCCCGGAUGCGGCCGUGAUCUGGGCAAAUCUGUUCGCCGCUAUCCGCAAGGAGGCCGACGCCGACCUCUCGCUCGGCCAGUGCGCCGCCCUCGCCGGAGUGCCCGCCGGCUUCGUCUGUCGGUUCGCUUUCGCCGCCCACCUCCUGGACGACUCGCCCGAGCUCGCUGCGGCAUACCAGAGAGCCGCCCGCGUCGGCCCCCUGCGCACGCUGGCCGCGGCCCGCCCCUAUGCGGCCAACGUAAUGGCCUAUUUCAACUCGUUGGACUAG